UGUAGCGAAUGCGAGACUAUCUACCUAAGGACGAACGAGGCCACCAGGUGAGGUAUCAAUAUUAUUGUAGGGAGGAGAGGGAUGGUGCCGCAUCUUACGGAGCCAAGACUCUUAGAAUCAGGAGGUGAAUGGCACAGUAGUUACUUAUCUUUCCAAUCAACCCGCGUUUCUCUUCUACAUUAUUCUAUCCAUCCACAACUACCUUAGGAACGAUGCAGAGAAUCGCCAGUAAUCGUCAUAGCGGCGGGUCUAGGAGCCCUUCCCCCCUAUUAACCUUCGAAGAUAUCGCGCCAAGCAAUGCGGAGACGAUGCUCUGUUCUGCAUGCCAGAGAAUCUUCGCGCAGACACCACGCCCCCUGGCCAAAUAUGACAGGCUCUGGGUCGACAUUGCAGCGAAUUGCUAUGUCCCCAGGGAAGAAGCAACGCGACUACCGCAUCACCCGACUCAGCAAAGCUUCGACCAAGCCGUCCAAGAUGGUUGCUUCAUCUGUACCAAAGUUGACGUCGCCCCGGCGGGGAAGCCAGUUAAACCCUCGUCUUCAAUUAUGGGGAUUAAUUCCCAGCGAUCGUACUGGCAGAGUCUGGUCAAGAUCAUUUCCAUGGAAACCGAUGAAGCGCAUCAUGCGACACUGCGGUACAAAGUAACCGUCUACAACGUGUGUGAAAUCGGGGAGGAAGUACAGGGGAGAGCGAAAAGUUUCUUCAUGGUCCCAGUCCGUGGACGGAAACCCGAGUUGAACGUGCCGGCCAAUGGCCGCUUAUCGCAGAUCAAGAAAUGGAUGACUGCCUGCUGUCGACAUCAUGAGUGGGGUUGUGUGAAAUACCGUCGUCAUGAAUGGGCGAGACCCUCGCGCCUUAUCAAUGUGGGGCCCAGGGGACAGGAUUUCGUCUCAUUGGAGCUGUUCGAGAAUAUACGAGACCUGGAUGUUCCGUACAUCACUAUGAGCCAUAGAUGGCUAGAGCCAAGACCGCCGGUGCUUGAGAGAGGCAAUAUGGCAAAGCUCAUGAGGAGCGGUGUCUCGAUCUCGAGUUUGCCUCGAAGUUAUCAGGAUGCUAUAAGCAUUGUCCGAUAUGUAGGGAUUAGAUACCUAUGGAUCGAUUCCCUCUGCAUAUUGCAGGACUCGCAAGAAGAUUUCGAUAAGGAGGCAAAGCGUAUGGGGAAUAUCUACGCUGGAGGUGUUUUCAAUAUCGUUGCUUCGAACUCGGGUAACUGGAAAACGGGGUUAUUUUCGAACAGAACCGAUAAGGGGCUGAUACCAAUUGUUCAGCCUUCGUGGCCGGAUAUAGGAAACGAUAAGGUUUUCGCCAUCAAUCCCGAGGGCGUCGAUGCUUCAGAACGGAUCUUACUAGGGCGCCAUUUAUAUAAUAGGGGGUGGAUUCACCAGGAAGUUCAUCUAGCCCUUUCGAAUUUGUUCUGCACCGAACGUCAGCUGUGGUGGGCAUGCUUAGAGGGGACUUGUUGCGAAACCUAUCCCGGGGGCUUGAACGAAGUGUUUCAUGGGAUGGGAUAUAGGACCAGUCGACUUGGAAUUAUACGUACGCUCGUGGUUCCGGAAAUCAACCCCCCUUUUUGGCAUAAGUUACACAAGAAACAGGGUGAUCAAACGUUCGAAAGCCGUUUAUUCGUAUAUGCCUGGUUAAAGCUCGUCCAGAUAUAUUCGGGAUCAAUAACUACACAAUCAGAUGAUAAACUGGUUGCGAUAGGUGGCAUAGUAGAGCUGUUGCGUGAGUGGAUAUGUACGACACGGUGCAACCCGGAGCCCGGUUAUUUCUCUGGAAUGUGGCGAUACUGUCUUCUCGAACAACUAACCUGGUGUGCUUAUGGAUCAUACAGGGCUAACACACUGGACUGCAGGUGGACGGGUACGUAUAGGAUACCUACCUGGUCGUGGGCCAGUAUCAACGGCGCAGUGUUUUACGAUCAUAUAACCGGAGAAGAAUAUACCCACGACUGGAUCUUACCCGGGGCUUCUAAACCGUCAAAGCCGUUAGCGAAGAUACUAUCAUUAAGCACCACGGGAUUGGAUCCACUCGGCCGAACAAGUAAUCGAAAUAUUCUGAAGAUCCAAGGAGCGACAUUCCCUGUCUCGUUUAAGACCAGGGAAUUAGAUCCAAUGGUAUGGGCAGACAUCGAGUACAACCAGUCCGGGUCGAUUAAACGAUUAGGAAUCCAAAUCUACUUCGACUGUUCCGAGGAGCUCCUAGAAGCGGAGAAUGACCAGAGUGGAUAUAUCGCAAUGCCAUUGCUUCUGCAGGAAUCGAAACAGGAACGCGGUCUUUUUCUCAUCUUGAGAGGUAUUGUAUUACAUAAAAUAGGCGACGAUGAAGAGAUGCAACUGUAUAAACGAUGUGGGUAUUUCGAUAGCCGGUUUACGCAUUGGUCUAGGGGUGAGCUCAUAUUGAAUACGAUCGCUAAGAACCCUCUGGUCAAGGAUGACUCUGUAUAUAGCGUCGAUGACAUUUAUCUCAUAACUUAAUAUCAAGUAAAUUCGGAAGAGGAAUAGAUAUACUCGAGAAAUUUUUGUGCAUCCAGCUAAAUUCGGGAAACUUUU